CAAAGCGAGCCCAGAGCCACCUCCCGGCCAUGGACUUCCAACACCUUGUUGACGUCUUCACGAAUCUAGAGCAUCUAGUUCGUGCUCACUAUCACAGGUGAGGUGGUGAGACACGCUACUGACAACAUCUUUAUCUUAAUUCUCGUUCAUACUUGAAGAAUUUCUGAUCUUUAAUUUCUUGUUUGUAGGCAUCUGAACCUGAGCAACGAGGCACUUGGUUGGAUGAUGGCCAUCGACGUGUCUUUCCUCCUCGAGUUCCUGCAGACUUUCAGCAAGAACGGCGGUAACCAGCAGAGAGUAGCGCUGCAGAGGAUCCCCUCCAGGAUGUCACAUCUGGUAGACCCCUCUCGCCGGACAUCCUCCCACAGCAUGCUGCUCCGCGACGUGGUCAUGCUGGAGAACCAGGUCCCUCUCUUCCUGCUCCUGAAGGCGAUCGAGUCCCGGCGGUGCCCGCAAUCGCCGGCGCAAACCGUGCUGAGCUCCAUGCUGGUUGGGUUCUUUCAGGAGGUCUCCACGUUCAGAGGGAUUGGCCGUCCAUGCACCGACGCCAAUCGCCAUGCCCACCUGCUUGACUUCCUCUACUCAAACAUGGUGCCUAGAUGUGCCGAAGAAUCACACGGAGAAGCCGGAGACGAGUCUUGCCAUGAUCACAGAAAGAGCACACUGAAUUCAGUCAUGGACUUGCUCGUCAGUCGUGGCUCCAAGAUCGUGUCAGUGGUAGUAGAUUUCUUGCUGAGGAUCCUCCUCAAGUUCAUAGCCAGCCUUCCAUGCCUGUCGGUGCUCGGAGAGCCCAUCGAGCAGCUGACGCAGCACGCGGCCGAGCCAAGCGGCGGCGCCGGCGCACCAGGUGGUGUUGAGGACAAGAACAGUAGGUCGCCUCUGCUCGAAGAGAUCGCGGUGCCAUCCGUCGCCGAGCUAGCGUACACCGGCGUGAGGUUCUGCCCGACGGUCGGCGACCUCUCGGCGGUCGACUUCUGCGCGGCCACCGCGACGCUGCACCUCCCGGUGGUGGGCGUGGACGUCAACACCGAGGUGGUGCUGCGGAACCUGGUGGCAUACGAGGCGGCGGCGGGGCUCGGCCCGCUCGCGCUCGCGCGGUACGUGGAGCUGAUGAACGGGAUCAUCGACACGGAGGAGGACGCGCGGGUGCUGAGGGAGUGCGGCGUCGUGCUCAACUACCUCAGGAGCGACCGGGAGGUGGCCGAGCUGUGGAACGGCAUGACGAGGUCGGUGAGGCUGACGAAGGUGCCCGCGCUGGACAGGGUCAUCGACGACCUCAACAGGCACUACGGCGGCUGCUGGAAGGUGAGGGUCAGGGCGUUCGUCAAGGCGCGUCUGCUUGGCUCCAGGGAGCUGUUCGCCUGUGUCGCCGUCGUCUUGCUCUUCCUCUUCGUCGGCCUCCAGGCGUUCUGCGUGCUUCGUGGCUGCGUCCCUGUCUCGUACGGGAUGGCCAGCAGGAAAUUCGGUGCCUCAUGACUCGUCAGAGCUAUCCACUCAGAUGACCAUACCAUUAACACUAAUGGAGCUGCCUACCAUAAUC